UCAAAUUGACCCAAACUCCCCGGUCCAUUCUGCAUAGUUGAGGCAGAGUACAACAUCCAUUUCCAGCCACUCCUCCUUUUGAAAAGAGUGAACGAAAUGGUAGUGUCGAUGGUAAGCCGACUCUGCCCGUCGGCCACGGCCCACCACCGCCUCGGUGCGGCCGGGAUCGGGGAGUUCCAAGAAAGAGAGGUGAUGGGAAGGAGGAUGGACUGGUGUCGCCGCCGCCGCCACAACUGCUCAAGCGGUGGCCGGAAGUCCUCCGUCCGAAUGUCCAUUGCAACCCCCGACCUCGCCUCCGAGGUCAAGUUCAAAGAUUUGGAACUAGAGCGGCGAAACCCCCGGACAGUUGUGGCAGUUAUUCUUGGUGGAGGAGCUGGGACCCGUCUUUUUCCUCUCACCAAACAAAGGGCUAAACCAGCAGUGCCUAUAGGAGGCGCUUACAGGUUAAUUGAUGUGCCAAUGAGCAACUGCAUAAAUAGCGGAAUCAAUAAAGUGUAUAUCCUCACCCAAUUCAACUCUGCAUCGCUUAAUAGACAUCUUGCACGAGCUUACAACUUCAGCAGUGGCGUAAACUUUGGAGAUGCCUUUGUUGAGGACCGGAGUACGAGACAGACAAUUGGUGUAGGAUCUAAAUCACAAGGACUUUAUUAUCUCCAGCCUCCAUCCUCUACCAUAUAUGCUGUCACAGAGUCUUCUAGUCUCCUUCACCGUCGUUUGGGUCAUCCGAGUCUACAUAAGCUGAGAAAGAUGAUCCCUCAUCUCUUUCAUUUGCAGUCUUUAGAGUGUGAGUCGUGUCUACUUGAAAAAAUAUGUUCGGACGUUCUUUCCAAGUAAGGUAAAUAA